UUAAGAAGUGUUAAGAAAAGUGAGUGAAAAAAAGUUAGUGGAAUAGGGAUCUCACAUGUAUAUAUUAGUUUUAAAUAAAAUGUGAGUGGAAUGAGUUAGUAGAAGGUGAGAUUCUAUUAUCAUUUAUGGUAAAAGUGAACCGGGACUUUUAUUUGCGAACGGACUAUAAUAGAAAAACGAGAUUCCUAUUUGUGGACGGAGGGAGUAGUAGUAUAAAUUUUGAUCAAAUAUUACUCCUCAUUUCUCAAUUUAAAAAGCUGUAGUAAAAGAAUUAUGAUUUCAUAUUUGUAAUAUAUUAGUAUUGAUUUGACUCACGGAUGUUUUGAAUUGAUAACGAAGUUAUUUGCUAAGAUGUUGAGUAUUAACCAUGAAUUAUACUAGUACUCUUACAAAACUUUCUUAUGACAAAACAUUCAAAUUUUCUGUUUGUUUGAUUUGACUUGACGUAUGCGUGUGUCAAAAUGACAAUGAAAUUGAAUUAUUUGUCAAGUGCAAUGAGAAAGAUGAUAGAAUUAACUAGAUAUCAUCAUAUGAUUCAUAUCAUCCUUCUAGAUUUUUGGUGCCACAUUACAUAUAUUUUCACCCAAAUAGACUCCAUCUAAAAAUUGAAAAAAAAUUUAAAAUUCAUAAUUUACGAUUAACUUUUAAAAUUACUCCAUGUAACAAAACGAACCAUCCGUACAUAUUUUAGAGCGCCAUAAAUUCAAAGCUUUAAAAUCAAACAACCGACAGUUGUCCGGCAAUGGCGUCUGUAGCCCUCAGCCUAGUGAAACACGUGCGCCAGCAUUUCACUCUGCAUUCUACCAAAACCUCAAAACGACGGCGUUACGGCACUUGCAUUCGCUUUCUUCACAAUUCGCGCUGCCCUCUGAGGAAGAAAGACUGUUUCAGCUUCAUCCAGCUGCCAGUGCUCAGCCCGACGCCGCGAAGGAGGAGGAGGUUCCGUACGAUGUUUUCCGACAGCGUCCUUGUCAGCGACCUCAUCGCCGAAGGUGUAUCGGGAGGGGUCGCGCUCUCGCUGCUCAAGCUGUGGGAGCACACUGCUAGGAGAGGCGUCUUUGACCAGAAACUAAACAGGAAGCUUGUUCACAUAACUGUGGGACUAGCAUUCAUGCUUUGCUGGCCUAUGUUCAGUUCUGGCCGGCAGGGAGCACUUUUCGCAGCUCUCAUUCCCGCUGUUAAUAUAAUUAAAAUGCUUCUGACCGGACUUGGAAUAUUGAAGGAUGACGCAACUGUCUUGUCCAUGACCAGAUAUGGGGACUAUAGGGAACUCCUUAAGGGGCCAUUGUACUAUGCUGCCACUAUCACUUUAGCCAGUGCCGUUUACUGGAGAACGUCUCCUAUCGCAAUCGCAGCAGUGUGUAACAUGUGUGCUGGUGAUGGUAUGGCUGAUAUUGUGGGACGUCGUUUUGGUGACCAGAAACUUCCCUACAAUCAAAACAAAUCAGUCAAUGGCAGUAUUGCAAUGGCGAGUUUCGGUUUCUUGGCUUCUCUCGGAAUCAUGAUGUACUAUGCAUCUUUCGGGUUCAUGGAAGAAAGCGUGAAAUUGGUUAUUGGGUUUUUGGUAGUGUCUGUGGCUACUGCUUUAGUUGAAUCACACCCUUUCAGCACUGAGCUCGACGACAACCUGACCGUGCCACUGACCGCGGUUUUGGUUGGCAGUUUUGUCUUCUGAGUAGGGGCGAUGUAACGGACUACGAUUGCCUAGCCUAACCUGUUGUAGGAAUUUCUUGUUGUAGUUGAAACUUGUGGUAGUUAAAUCUGUUGAUUAUCUGUAAAUUUUGUUGUGCAGCAGUAAAAAACAAAAAAAAUAAGGCUGUCAUCGUUGAAGAAAAAGUAUUCCCUACGUCC